AUGCCUGAACAGCAUACUGCCCCGGACGGGGCCAACCCCGAAAUCAGUUUCCACAACGGCACGCCCAUCCUGAGCGUGAAGGGUCAUCACGUAACCCAUCCCGACUACUUCAACUCGCUGCCAUAUAUCGAGCGGCGUCGGGUCACCUACGAUGAACUCUGUGCGCGGGCGGCCAAGGAGGGCCUGCCGACACCCAGCAUCGCCGAAUGGGCCAAGACGUUCCGCCUCACCGACGCCGAGCUGCGGGCAAUGGACGAGCUCAUCGAGGCGCGGCGUGACUCGCACUGCAUCAACGAGCUUGGUCCGAGGUUCGUGAUCCGCGAGUACGGCAACAAGGCACGUGUCGGUUGGUUCGAUGACCGAGGCGAGCUUGUCACGAUGAGCUUUGCCGAGUUCCACAACGCCCACAUCGAGAAGACCGUCGAGAUUGGCGUGGACGCCGAGGGCAAGCCGAGGCGAACGCCGCUGACGAAGUACUGGCUCACGCACCCGCUGACCCGACGCUACGACCGCGUCGAGUUCCUUCCGGGUGUCGAGCCUGAGAACAUGCCCGAGGGUGUCCUGAACCUAUGGCGCGGCUGGCCAAUGCCCCUUCGUCCGGGUUGGUCCGAGAUGCGCAUCGGGCCCAACGGUCCCGAGCCCUCGCGCCGCACCAUCUUCGACACCGGGGCCAUGCCCGAAGGCUACUGCGACAUGCUCCUCGACCACAUGCUCAACAACAUGUGCAGGGGCGACGAGGAGGUCAUGCACUUCCUGCUCGCGUGGAUGGCCGACGCGCUCUGGAACCCCGGCCCGUGCGAGACGGCGGUUAUCCUUCAGGGGCCGCAGGGGUCCGGCAAGACCUUCUGGGCAGAGCGGUUCAUGGAGUUCUUCGGCAUCCAUGCCCUCACGCUGGAUGACGAGGAUCAGGUUGUAGGCAACUUCAACAAGCACCUGAUGAACAAGAGCGUCAUCUUCGCCGACGAGGCGUUCUUCGCCGGAAACCGGCGGCACGCCGCCAAGCUCAAGACGCUCAUCACGCGGCCCGACCUGUUCGUGGAGCCGAAGGGCGUAGACGGCUUCACCGCCCCCAAGAUGUUCCGGCUCAUCAUGGCGUCAAACGACGAUCAUGUAAUCCGCGCGGAGCGCGAUGAUCGGCGCAACCUUGUGCUGCGGGUAGACGCGGGCGGGCACAAUCAGGAUCGCGAGUACUUCGCGCGGAUGCACAAGGAAUGGCGCGAGGGUGGCCGCACAGCAUUGUUCCGAUGGCUCACCGGGGCAUUCUGGGGCAAGGCGGUCAGCAACGGCCAGUUCCGCAUGUGGAGCCGCCCCGUUACCGCCGCGCUGCAAGAGCAGAAGGACAUGUCGCUGCCCCCGGCGCAGAUGGUCGUGCACAACAUGCUCCGCGAGGGUGACCUACCGUGCGACUUUGCACCAGAUACGCGCAACGGGGCCGUGUUCGUCCCGACCCGCCUGCUGGUCAGGGAGACGCGGCUAAAGGAAGAGGACGAGAAGGCGCUCGGCGAUGCCCUGCGGGUGCUGGCCGGUCAGGGCGCGAAGAGCGUCCGCGUCUAUCUCGGCGAGGGUCGCGACCGCCGCCAGCAUCGCGGCUUCUGGCUACCGCCGUUGGAGCUGUGUCGCCAGCGAUGGGAGCAGCACCUUGGGCGCGCCGUCGCAUGGCCCGCCGAUGUCGCGAGCUGGGCCGUGGAUAUCGGGCCGCCGGAGAAUGGCGAUGACGUGCCGUUCUAA